CUCGUGUAAAGCUGCAUGACCUUUAGCCACAAUAAUGUUCUUCUUUAGUGCAGUUGUGAGUAUAAUGGCUGGGCUCAGUUCAGAAGAGAACAAUGCAUUGCUCAACGCAUACCUCCCAGGAGACAUCAUUAUUGGAGGCCUUUUCCCAAUUCACCUACAAACUAACAGAACCACGAUACCUGGACCUGUCUCCUGCAGCCACUAUAGCUACCAAAUGUUUCUACAAUCUCAAGUGAUGAUAUAUGCUAUUCGAGACGUCAACCAACGCACACCUAGGCUUCUCCCUAACAUCACGUUGGGCUACAGCAUCUACGACACAUGUGGCGAUGUCACCUUAGCCAUCAAGGCCGCUCUCGAGCUUGCGAGCGACUGGCCAGACCCUCAAAGAUGUUCACUUCCACUCAAUGCUCGGUUUGUGCAGCCUAAAGUGAUGGCAGUGAUUGGUGAGAGGUUCUCUGAGGUCUCGAUCGCAGUGUCGCGGCUUGUUGCCCUGUCAUCGCUUGCCCAGAUUAGCUACGCAUCAACCAGCGGGCUGCUCAGUAGGAAGUUAAAGUUCCCCACUUUUCUGCGAACAAUAUCAAGUGAUGAAUAUCAGACGAAGGCCAUUGCUGAGCUGGUGAAGCAGUUCAACUGGAAAACGGUGGCCAUCAUAGGAAGUGACGAUGAGUAUGGGAAGUACGGCAGUGACCGCCUCUCACAAAAUUUCAAAAAGAUAAAAGACAUCUGCAUCGAAUUCAUUGACAUCCUGCCCGGUUACUUUUCCAAGAACAAUUCCAAAACCCACGAGAGGCUUGCGGGCCUUGUGGGCAACGUCAAUAAAUCCACAGCUGAGGCCAUUGUGAUUUUCACCAAGGGUUCCAAUGUUGAUAUCAUAAUGGAGGCUGCUAUUAAAUACAAACUGAACAGAACUUGGAUUGCAAGUGAUUCCUGGUCCACCUCGACAACACUAGCUACUCUGCCUGGUAUUGAGAUGGCCGGGCAGGUAUUUGGAUUCAUCUCCAACAGGAAUGCAGUGCCCGGAUUUAAAGAUUAUAUUAUGUCCGUGUUCAACGGAACAACAAACGCCAUCCUCGAUUAUCACCUGACUCAUUAUCCCUUUUGUUCCAAUUGGUCAGGAGAAGACAGCGGUGUCGAUUGCAUAUUAACAAAUAGCAUAAAGGUGACAGGUCAAUGUGUGGACAUAAAAUGUCUGGCCAAUCAUAUGGAUGAGGAUGAAACGUAUAACAUCUACUUAGCUGUACAAGUCAUCGUUGAGGGGAUCAGACGCUUGCUGCAGUGUGACCAUCAAAAGUGUGACCGCCAUGCUGACUUCACAGCCCUGGAGCUUCUCAUGGAAAUAAAGAAGGUCAACUUCACCGUGGGCAAGACCCAUUUAUUUUUUGAUAGUUAUGGCGACCCCAGUUUAGGAUAUGACAUUUUAUAUUGGGACACAGCAGUCAAUACACUACAUGAACGCAUCAAAAUAAUUGGAGGAUACUGGCCAAAUGGAAAUAUAGCAGUCCCUCACGACAUGGUGCUAAAAAUGCAGAGUGUGACGGUAAGCUUAGCAAUGUUUACCUUUGUUAUGAGCCAAAAUCAUGAACACACGUCCCGCUUCCUGAUACAGUUGACGGCUUACAAUUGCUCAAAGACCUGCAAACCUGGACACGAGUUAAAGAAGCAGAAUGUACACUUGCAGUGCUGCAAUGAUUGUGUUCCAUGUGCUGAGGGAGAAUAUUCCACUGGACAAGGCGCAGAGUGUAAACGCUGCAGAGACAAUGAAUAUUCAUCUCCACAAAGGAAUGACUGUUUGGAGAAAAAAAUUGACUUCCUGGGCUGGUCAGAUCCCUUCAUUAUCAUGUUAAGUUUUUUGGAAGCCUUAGGAAUUAUUCUAACACUUGUGUUUGCAGCCUUGUUUGCGAUGCAUCGUGGCACUCCCAUUGUGAAGGCCGUGGGAGGCUACUUGUGCUUUUUGGAGCUCUUUUCUUUGCUGACAUGCUUCUGCCUCACAUUUAGCUUUCCGGGGAAGCCAAGUGCGUUCUCCUGUAUGAUUGGCAUGCCACUCUUUGGAAUCGCCUUUUCUCUCUGCAUCUCCUGUAUUCUAGCAAACCUGCUGCAAAUUUUAGUGGGUUUUAUGUUUGACUUGAAGACAAAGUCUUGGCUAAACAAGGUCAACCAGCCAGUGGCUGUCGUGGCCGUGGUAUCUGGGAUCCAGCUGGCUCUGUGUGUGCCGUGGCUCUGCCUUUACCCUCCAUCGCCAACAUGGAAGAGUUUACAGAGUACCAUCCUGCUGCAGUGCCAUAAAGGCUCCAGUGAAUUCUUCAUAGCCAUGCUGGCCUACAAUGCACUCUUGGCCCUCAUUUGUUUCCUGUUUGCAUUCAAAGGGAAGCAGUUGCCGGAUUUGUAUAAAAAUGCAAGCUUAAUCACUGUUAGUAUGCUGCUGUAUCUGAUCAUUUGGAUCCUCUUCAUUCCCAUCUACAUCAAUUUGUUUGGGACAUACAAACAAGCCAUUGAGAGUGCCGCCAUUCUCAUUUCAAGCUACAGCAUCCUUUGCUGUCACUUGGCACCCAAGUGCUACAUUAUGGUGUUUAAGAAGGAAAUGAAUGAUGAGAAAGCCAUUGUUGAGUAUAUUAGAAAACAUUAUGAGGGGAAAGGGAUCUCUGUGGUUAAAUAAUCCUUAUCUCAAUUGCGCAUCUAAACAUAUCCUGUAUUUGUCUUCUUAUAUACUGUAAGUAACUGCAUUCUUCCUUGCAUCCAUCCAUUUUCCGUACCGCUAAUCCUCACUAGGGUCGCGGGGCGUGCUGGAGCCUAUCCUAGCUGUCUUCGGGCAGGAGGCGGGGUACACACUAAACUGGUUGCCAGCCAACCGCAGGGCAUCCUCCUUGCAGAAGAACUAAUUGUAGCUUUUGCUCUUUUGGUUUUAGAUAACAUAUAGACAGUUAGGAUCCAUGUUAUGUUUAUCUCUGUAUGCAUCAUUAUUUUAAUCAAGUUUAACUGGGAAGACGUGGUGUUGCAAAGGACGCCUUUCAUGCAAAAUGUAUCCUUGGAGCAGACACAAUGGUUGACUGGUUAGCACAUAUGCCUGCCAGUUCUGAGGACCCGGGUUCAAAUCUGGCCUCGUCUGUGUGAAAUAUGCAUGUUCUCCACGUACCUGCGUGGGUUUUCUCCGGUUCCCGCCCACAUCCCAUGGUCAUUAAUUGUAAACUCAAAACUGCCCGUAGGUGUGAAUUUGAGCUCUGCGAUUGGCUGGCGACCAGUUCCAGUUGUACCCCACCUCUCGCCCAGGGUCAGGUAGGACCGCCUCCGCAUGCCCACGACCUAGUGAUGAAAAGGGGGUACGGAAAAUGGAUGCAUGUAUCCUUACACACCAGUCGCUUACAUUUAGGAUUGUAGUUCUUGUAUGAGCAUGAACCAUAUUCAAGAAAAAUUAUGCA